AUGGCCGAAGCUUUCGGGAUUGCCGGCAGCGCCUUCGGAACGGUUUCUCUAGGACUUCAGCUAUUCACCGAGAUAUCUAAAUAUCUCAACAGCAUUGAAGGCCGGGAUGAAGAUCUUGAGCGCGCAAAGAACUAUGCCCGAGACUUUCAGUCAUCCCUAAUCGCGCUGGAAACCUGGGCUUCCAACACGAGAAUCAGUGACGCCGACCUUGAAAGAGCGAUCAGCCAAGGACAGGCCAAUUGUGUGGCCGCCAUCAACGAUUUGUCGAAAACAGUUUCGGACUUGAAAGGCCAGGAUCCUAUACCCAACAGUCGCACUUCAAAGGCCCGGUUUCUUUAUGUCAAACUAAAAUAUCCAUUCAAAAAGCAAAACUUGGAGAACUUGGAGAAACAACUAUUCAAUACCAUCAGCAUUCUACAGUUUGCCCUAGUUAUUUUGCAAGCAAGAAGCAUCCAUGUUACCCAAAUGUCCAUCCAAGAUAUACAACAGAUGCUUGGCAAUAUAUUCACUCGACCUUCCGAGACUUAUCAAGCAAAUUUCAACAAUUCACCGCUGCAUGUGGUUGAGAAUAUCGUUGAAACGGCUGUCGACAGCGCCAUUUGUUUGCAAGAUCCAACGUCCAACACACCGGUGUCCGAAAUUCAGUCAACGAGAUAUCAAAAUGGGAAUGUUUGGACGAUUAAUUCCCUCUGCGUCUGCCCGAAGAGCUAUAAACGGCGCGAACGGCGACAGUGGGGUCCUUUCAUCGUCGAAAACGAAAUGAGCUUCACUGACUAUCACUCACCUGGGUGCCCACUUUCAACGCAGGAACCCCUGAAAGAACAAACAAAGCGUACAUUAAAAGUUCCUCUGCCUUUUACUGAAGGACGCUGGAGAAACACCACCCAAUUUUCGCUAAUUUUUACUGCGGGUACCAGAGGGAUAAGUUUCGGUCAGAAUCUUACCUAUGUUGCAACCGUCGACAGCGACCAGUCCCCUUCCUUUAAGAUUGUAGAAGUAGCGACUAGGGGUCUAGAUUUCCUUCAAGUUAUCGACCGCGAAACAUUCUUAUUGUCAUGUUAUAGGCGACUCAAGUGGUGUUUUACCAACAGAAGAGCAUCAAUUACUGAUGUGGACGAGUAUGGUUGUUCGAUUGUCGAUCGCCUACCGUCCCUUAUUCGUGAUUCUGGUAAACUUUAUUUCACCAAUGAAACUCUCCAGGCCUUUUAUAUGCUGGCCCCUUUUAUUAAUCCCGCCACACAUACGCUGCGACGAAAAAGUUCACCACUUCUAGCUCAACUUUGCCAAAAUGUCAUAACUCCUGAUUCCGAAAUGUCUGGCGAAAUGAUCAGUUCUCUUCUGUUCAGGUCUGGUGACUCUGCUGGUCAAGAUUGCAAGUCUCUCUUCUCUUCCAAUAGUCUUCUGGAAGAGUUUCACUUAGCAAGAGACUUCCCAGAAAUAUCAAAUUACCUCGAAUUUGGUCAGCUUAGUAGGCUCGUUCUCAUGGAAGAUCAAGACGGGCUCAAAGAAUUUCUGGAGAAGUAUCCGUCAUCUAUCAAUGAGAUCAAUCAUCUUGGUCAGACCCCAAUACAUAUCGCGGUUCAGACUCAGAAUGCGAGGAUCUUGAGCAUGCUUGUCAACCAUGCAGAUGGCAAGGUGCUAAACACUAGAGAUAAUAACGGCCAUUACGCAAUCGACCAUGCGAUCGACGCAUUAUGUCAUGUCCGGAAGUCUGGAAAAGAAUCAGGAUCGACAGUAUGUAAUGGCUGCGAAGUCCUCAACGUACUGCUCCGCGCUGAGUCGGCGAUUUUCACAAAUUCUGUCCAACUAGCCAUGAAGCUACCGCGGGACCACGACACCCGCGUCUGCAUAGAAGGCCAAAAGAACAUCGUCCGGAGUCUCGCCUCCCGAAGGAAAGAGCUGAAAACAUUAGCACAACGAGAGCUCACUCCAGCAGAAAGCCAAAAAUUGAAAUUAUACCAAGCCGGUCUUCUGGAUAAGAACGCGGCCCCAACCCAGCGGCUCUUGGAGGCAAAGAAAUUCAAUGUUCCAGUUCAUCUCAAGGCGUGCGACAAUGAGAAUCCGAAUGAUUCCAGAUCAAUCUACCUGCUUAUCUCCCAUGGCGAUGUUGCUGAGUCUGCAAAACAAAGUGGCUUCCUUAUGCCAAAGACUUUAUUUCAUGACGUCUUUCGCUUACUAGCAGAACAGCUAAACUCUAGUCAACCCAUCUAUCGUCAACAAGACUUCUUGUUUGCAUCUUUUAUCUGUUGGCUGGUUGAUCGUGGGGGAGACCUCUACUCCUUUGUCCCGACUCUAUGGGGCCGUACAACAGCAGCGCACUACUUCAUGGCCUACCUCGGCACGAGCCAACUGUCUUUUGAUCGUGGACAUCGCGUCCCUCUAUCUACAAAAGUCUCAAGCACCAUUUUUGAAGAACAUAAUGUAGACGACUGCCGAUGCCAAUGUUCCCCGAAAGGAUGCACGCCUUUGACCAAAUUCCUAGCUUUCAUAACUUGGCAACAAGAUUGGGUUCUUAAGCUCGGGAUUGCCAAGACCAUAAGUUUUGUCCUUGAGCACUUGGAGUAUAUGUGUGAUCUGCUACGCCAUAUUGGCUACGACCUAACCAAGGAACAUUGGUUUGACAGCGCGGCUGUGCGCAACGCCACAUUUUUUAUUCUUGAUCUUCGCCAUACUUGUUGCUGCUUAGGUGAUGGUUUUCGUAAUCACGCCUCUGGUCCAUUAUCGACAGCAGAUCGCCGCGAGAUUGAAGAGGAAGACAGCCCGCGACUGGAGCAAUUUGAAAAGCUCGUGAUGGAUUUUGGAAGAGAGCGUAGUAACUAUUCUGAGCUUUUAUCCUUUGCACGAGAGUAUUGGGCUCCUAAGAUGCAGGCUGUUCAUCAAGAAAAUGAUUCAUAUGUCCUGACCGAGACUCAAGUACAAUCAGCUGAGGCAGUGGGAGUCGUAUGGGAAUGUAAUGGCCCACAGCUUCCACCGUCUACUGAUAUCCUACCGGGUGAUCAAGAGACGGAAGAGGAGAUAAGUGAACUGGAGAAGCUUCUUACGGAGCUAGAUAAAAUUGCUACAGAUCCUGAAAGACCAAGUCUUGUAUGA